UUGUGAUUUGAACAAAACCUCCCCAGUCAAACGAAACUCUGAAUUUUGUUGCGAAAAGAAAUCAUAGUAAUCGAUUUUAAUCAUACGCUGAAUCCACCUUCUUCGUUCGAGAAUCGUUCUAGGUUCUCAGAAUGGGGAUUGAAUGGUUUUGGAAUCUGCAAAACCUGUGGCCAUUCCGAGUGGACGAGCUGAGAGAAUCGAAGGAACUGGUGAAGAAACUGAGCAUCCCCGAACAGACGAAGCAAUUCGUGUAUGCGGUGCGUGAUUCGCAAAACCAAUCGGUUGUUUACAUUCUCUCUGCUUUGAAUUUGUCGGAGCGAUCAGUCUCCGAUGCCGAAUGCCUUAUCAGGGAGAUCAAACCCGACGCCGUUUUGGUGCAGGCUGGGGUUUCCCCCUUCUACCAGCUUCAGUCUGAAGAGUCCUCUGUUCCGUUACCGACUUCGUCUUUUGGGGUAAUCAAACGUUGUUUUCUUGAUAAAAUUGAUAGGGACAUGUACGAGAAUGUUGCAGGUAACUUUGUGCUGAGGGAGAUUUUCGGGACCAGUUUCCAUGGCCCCUUGUUGGCUGCCAAGAGGGCUUCUGAGGAUGUUGGUUCGUCUUUUCUUGUUAUAGAGUCUCCUUCUUGUUGGGGUAAUAGUAAUAGUAAUAGUAAUAAUAGGGAUAAUAAUAGUGAUAAUGAUAGCAAUUCUGGGGGUGGAGUUGAUAGGGGGAGUAAUUUUCGAGGUUUUGUUAAUAGCUUGGUUCCUCAGAAGCAUGCUGCUUCUUGGGCUCCUUCGGCUCUGAAGAGAUUUUCUCUUGAUGAGGAACUUAGGAGGAUGCUGGUUAAGGCUAUGUCUGGUUAUUUGGAUCCGCUUUUGCUUAGUAGUGUUAAUGGUAGUUCUGUUUUGGAGGGGGGUGAUGAAGAAAUUCAGCCAUUAACUAGUUAUGAGACCCCGGGUUUUGCCAGGUCUAUUUACCCUUUGCUUGAGGAUUUGUGUAGUAUAUUUCGUGAUCUUCCGUCGCUUGGGAAGGCCCUGGCUCAUGUGCAGAAGAUGUUGUUGGAUGUGAAUAGAGGAGAGGUUCUUGACAAGAGAACUGUUUCUGAGGUCUAUACUUUCCGAAUUGCUGCUGAAGUGCUAAGAAUUGCUCUGAAUAAUAAGGGGUUGAAAAGUGCGGCUAAGUCAGAUAAGGUUGAGUUCUCGGAGCUUCCGGUUGAUGACAAGUCGCAUGCACUCUUGGCACAGGCGAUUCGGAGCCAGAGUGAUAAGUUUAAGACCAUUGUGGCAGUGGUAGAUGCUAGUGCCUUGGCUGGACUCAGGAAACACUGGGAUACUCCUCUUCCUGUUGAAGUCAAGGACCUGGUAGGGGAACUGAUCACAAACUCUGAAGGUAAAGGGGUGAUGUUGAAUCACAGUGACAAGAAGCGGUUGUUAACAGAUAAGCCUAUGGUGGCAGUAGGGGCUGGAGCGACAGCAGUUUUAGGAGCUUCAUCGCUGACCAAAGUAGUCCCAGCAUCAACGCUGGUGAAGGUAGUUACUUUCAAAAUUCCAACUUCGUUUAAAAUUGGUCUCAGCCAGAUGCAGAAAGUCCUGGCUUUUGCCUUUGGCCAAUCAAAAGUUGUGGUUCCAGGUUUUGCAACUUCUGGAGCCAAAACCUCCGGUAUCAUGAAGACAGCAUUAUCUGCUGAAAAGAUUCGAGUUGUUACUCACAGUGUUAUAGCUUCUGCUGAAAAAACCAGUAUUUCAGUCAUGAGAACGGCUUUCUAUGAAAUAAUGAGGAAGCGAAAGGUGCGUCCUGUUGGGUUCUUGCCUUGGGCCACAUUUGCAGGCAGUAUUGGAACUUGUGGAGGCUUGCUUUUGUACGGUGAUGGGAUUGAGUGUGCUGUUGAGUCUCUCCCUGCCGCCCCAUCUAUUGCCAGUUUGGGUCGUGGGAUUCAGCAUCUUCAGGAGGUGUCUCAAGCAGUGAUGCAAACAGAAGGAAGUAGAAUCCAAGCUUCAAUAGAAUCUCUAAUAAGAAGAAUGAAGAAGGCAAGGGAUUGAUAUAGAUAGAUAGGUAAUAAAAUCAAUUUUUCUCUGCAGUUGUGGUUUUCUUCAUACUUUAUGAAGAUAAUCGGAAUGGUUAGAGUUCAGGAAAUUCUUCUGUAUAUACCUUUUUCUCCUAUAGAAAUGAUAAUAUUUUAGGCUGCUUAAAA